CAAGACAUCUGGGAACGCGGUGAUUAAAACCAGGACAUCUUGAGCACCUUAUACCCUUAGUCAUUAUAUAAUUUUGCAAGUUAAAAAAAAUGAGGUGGAUUCUUUGACACCAAGCAAAAUGUAAAAGUAAACAAACCUGCAAUGCAAGGGAGUAGGUGGAACAGAGUUUGUGUUACACAACAGCGGCAUCAAAUUUCCUUCGUAGUGGUGGAGAAUAAAAGCGGUUACUUCACAGGCACUUUUGCUCGAGUUUUAUGUGAUCGAGGCUUAGGGAACACUUGCUGAAGAUGUCUUCAAAGAAACUGAUCACAGUGUUCGGGGCCACUGGUGCCCAAGGCAAAUCUGUGGUGCAGGCCCUGCUGAGUGAUGGCUCUUUUAAAGUUCGUGCUGUGACUCGAGACCCCACAAAGCCAGUGGCACAGAAGAUGGUGAGCCAAGGAGUUGAAGUUGUUAAGGGUGACUUUGACAAAGAGGGAGACAUUAAGGCUGCAAUGCAGGGAGCAUAUGGUUGCUUUUUUGUCACUAAUUUUAUUGAACAUCAGCAGAAGGACUUAGAAGUAAAACAGUCUGAGAGUCCUUUAGUUGUGAUGGCUCAGUUUGACUGGGUGACAAACUCUAGGAAGAAUAAUGGUUUUUCCAAACUAGUUCAGUAUAUUCUUGCUUUGUCUUGUAGGGUCAGACAGCUGCCCAAUGUGGCCAAGGCAUUGGGCAUCAAGCAUUUUAUUUAUAGUGGUCUACAAAAAUGUGAACAGAGGAGACUGGUGGAAAGCUGCAAGUGCCACAACUUUGAUGGAAAGGGGGAGGUAGAAGAGUAUUUGAGAAAGAUUGGUGUUCCAGCAACCAGUUUGCGUUUGCCUGCAUAUUUUGAGAACUUCUUAUCAUUUUUUAAACCUCACAAUGUCCCAAAUAAAAAUGUAUACACAGUGGCAAUGCCCAUGGGUGAUGUCCCACUUGAUGGAAUGGCAGUAGAAGAUUUUGGACCUGUUGUAGUUAGUGUGCUUAAAAAUCCAAAUGAGUAUAUUGGGAAGGAUAUUACCCUGAGCACUGAUCUCUUGACUAUUGAUGAAUACUGUGCUACCCUGAGUGAGUGCCUUGGAAAGAACAUCCAGAAUGCGAAGAUGUCCGUAGAGGAUUAUGAAAAACUGGGCUUUACGAUGGCAAAGGAACUGGCUAAUAUGUUCCGCUACUACAUGAUGAGACCAAAACGAGAUAUUCCUCUAACUGUGAAGCUAAAUCCAAAAGCUAGGAACUUUAAACAGUGGGUGACUGACAAUAAAGACAAAUUUAGUGACCUUUAGAUCUGUGGAACAUCAGGGAAUACGUCAUGAUCAAGAGUUGUACCUCAUAAUAGGGUUACUGUUUAAUGCAUUAAUGUAAUUCUUCUGCAAGGUUCUUGCAUGUCAUCCUUAAUGUCAAUAAAAUUUCUGAGAUGCUA